AUGGCAAGCCACUUGAGAACCAAAGGCAAAAAGAGAACACACCCGCCGCAUGGAAGCGAACCACCAGGAACCAUCGCUGUGACCCCCCGAAGCGGAGAAUUUGACUCCAAAGGUGCAUGCGCAUUUGUUGGCCUGCAAAUCGGCGUCAUUCUGCUUGCUUUCCUGGUGGGGAGAGAAGGCCGCUGGGCUUUUGGGCUCAGAGCUACCUUGUCCAUGUCCGUGUCCGUGUCGGAUCAAAUGGAUGUUGAAGCUUCUGACCAUGACCCAGCAGAGCAAGCAGAGAGAAGAAAACUCGACACAACAGUCCUGCCCAGCGAGAGCAUUUUAGGCCUGGCUGCCGCAUAUCACUUCCUUGCGUAUUACUUGUUCGUUCUCCAUCUUACUCUGUCGUGUCUUGACGUGGCAGCAAUAGGCUGGGUUUAUUGGGGCCUCUUGGGCAUUUCUGUGGGUUGGUUUGGCUUGUGGCCCCCAUUGAUUGCUGCUUGCUGUCUGGUGCUCGAGUGGUGA